AUGACCGCCAGCCAUCAGAACAAUACCAAUGGCCACCAUCCUGCCGUCGCGAGCGGGAAUGGGUACAAUUACGGCACCGGAGAUGUCUGGCAGGAUGCACCGGUGCUGACAGGCACUACCAAGUUUGAGCCACUCGCAGAUGUCAAGAACAUCAUGAUCACGGGCGGCGCAGGCUUCAUCGCUUGCUGGCUGGUCCGGCAUUUGACUUUGGCCUAUCCAGAUGCGUACAACAUUGUGUCUUUUGACAAGCUGGACUACUGCUCGUCCCUGAACAACACGCGCAUGCUCAACAAUAAGCGCAACUUCACCUUCUACCAUGGUGAUAUCACAAAACCAGAGGAGGUCCUCGACUGCAUGGAGCGCUACAACAUUGACACCAUCUUUCACUUUGCAGCGCAGUCCCACGUUGAUUUGAGUUUCGGCAACUCCUAUGGCUUCACUCACACCAAUGUCUAUGGAACGCAUGUCAUGCUAGAGAGUGCCAAGAAGAUUGGUAUCAAGAGGUUUAUCCACAUCUCCACGGAUGAGGUCUAUGGCGAGGUCAAGGACGAUGACGACGAUCUGCUGGAGACCAGUAUCCUGGCACCAACCAACCCUUACGCUGCUAGCAAAGCUGCCGCCGAAAUGCUUGUAAACUCGUACAUGAAGAGUUUCAAGCUGCCAGUCAUUAUUGUGCGAAGCAACAAUGUGUAUGGACCCCAUCAAUUUCCGGAGAAAAUUAUUCCAAAGUUUGCUGCGCUUCUGAACCGUGGACAGCCUGUCGUCCUGCACGGUGACGGAAGCCCUACACGCAGAUAUCUCUUUGCCGGGGACGCUGCUGAUGCCUUCGACACGAUCCUGCACAAGGGUACACUCGGACACAUUUACAAUGUCGGAUCGUACGAUGAGAUCUCCAAUAUGGACUUGUGCGUCAAGUUGCUCAAGGAGAUGGGGCUUCCAAACAACAGCAAGGCCGACUUUGACAAAUGGGUGAAGUACACCCACGACAGACCCUUCAACGACCAUCGCUACGCCGUCGACGGAACCAAGCUCCGCAACCUGGGCUGGGACCAGAAGACGCCUUUUGAGGCUGGCCUCAAGAUCACGGUCAACUGGUACAGGCAGUUCGGAGAGAAGUGGUGGGGCGACAUUAGCAAUGUGCUCAGCCCAUUCCCAAUUGUCAAGAGGGAGGGCGACAUCAGCACAGUCGAAAAGGAUACCAAUGCAGAGAUCUCGGAACAGCCCCAGUCAGUCAAGAAGCGAAAGGUCAGCGAGACUAACGGGACAUUUGGGCUCGUCACUGCUUGA